UUCCUCCGCAUUGACACUUUAAAAAUCCCAAUUUUCUUAUCGCACAAAUAAGAAUGCUUACAAGGUUAUCUACUUCUUCUUCUACCCUUCCUUGUCUGUUACUCCUUUCAUCUUCCUCUCGCUUCUCUCCUCUCACUUCCUCCCUCUUCGUUCCUCACGAAAUCCCAAUCCAGCACUUCACAACAUUUCCCUCAAAUUCUAGACAACCUCGCAUGUUUACAACGCCCAUGAGUUGGUUGGGGAAGCUCGGAUUAGGGUUUGGAAAUCGAGCUUCAGAAGUUGCCAUGGAUUCAUCUUCUUCAUCGAUAGCUCAAGGUCCUGAUGACGAUAUCCCUGUGUCUGGUCAGCAGUUCGCGCAAUUCGGUGCUGGAUGCUUUUGGGGUGUUGAAUUAGCUUUCCAGAGAGUUCCUGGAGUUACGAAGACGGAAGUUGGUUACAGUCAAGGACAUCUGCAUAAUCCGACGUACAAUGAUAUAUGUACGGGUACGACGAAGCAUUCUGAGAUUGUUAGGGUUCAGUAUGAUCCAAAGGAGUGCGGUUAUGAGAGUCUGCUUGAUGUGUUCUGGGAUCGCCAUGAUCCAACCACGCUCAAUCGUCAGGGGAAUGAUGUGGGGACACAAUACAGAUCAGGAAUUUACUACUACACGCCUGAGCAGGAGAAAGCAGCAUUGGAGUCUAUUGACAAGCAGCAGAAGCUCUUGAACAGGAAGAUUGUUACUGAGAUUCUUCCGGCGAAAAAGUUCUACAGAGCAGAGGAAUACCACCAACAGUAUCUUGAAAAAGGUGGCCGAUUUGGGUUCAAGCAGUCUUCUGGGAAAGGUUGCAAUGACCCAAUCCGAUGCUAUGGCUAAGUUGCAGGUCCUCCUGAUGCUGUUCUUAUUUUGAUGUUCGUCUCCUAAAUACUUGUUAAUAGGUUUGUGCAUCCUUCCCGGAACUGAAAUAUCUAAGUUGUCAUUUAUAUUUUGUAAUGGUAGCAGUCGUAAGUAGCUUCUAAACCAAGUUAUGUAUUGUUCAUGUCCAUCCAUACAUUUUGUUUGUACCUUCUAGCUGUAUGUUUAUGUAGUGACUCUAUCAUAUCUGAUUCACAUGGGCAUUUCGGCUUUAAGUCCCUAUUUGGUAAAA